AUGUUGCAAAUCAUCGCCCUUCUUUAUGUUAUGGUCACAGUCACAUGCGCUGGAUCAUCGGUAAGCCAGGAUGAAGAAUGCUCAGCCUUGUUUCAGUUUAAGCAAAGCCUAAUUCAUCAAGAUGAUGCGGCUUGUGCUGCCAGUUGGUUUCAGACAUUUGACUCUUGGAAACCCACAAGCAAUCCAUCAGAUGCUGGUUUUGAUUGUUGUUUGUGGUAUGGGGUGGAGUGUAGCAACGACCAUGAGUACCCUCUUGUGGUUGCCCUUGACUUGAGCGAAAGGUUUCUUUGUGGGCAUAUCAGCUCUAGCAGCAAGCUCUUCAGCCUUGUGCAUCUUCAAAGCCUCAACCUUGCCAUGAAUGACUUUGAUGAAUCUGAGAUACCAUCUGAGAUUGGUCGUCUAAAGCAAUUAAGAAGCCUCAAUCUCUCUGAUUCUGGGUUUAGUGGCCAAAUACCGAAUGAAAUCUCGCAGUUGGUGCAAUUGUUUUCUUUAGAUCUGUCAAGGAAUCCACUAAAGCUUGAAAGUCCUAGUGGCCUCAAGAAACUACUGCAAAACUUAACAGGACUCAAAGAACUCGAUCUCUCCGGGGUUGACAUUAGUUCUUUUGUGCCUCAUUUCUUGUCCAACUUUUCUUCUUUGACGUCAAUAAGGUUAUCAGAUUGUUCACUUUGGAAUGAAUUCCCUGCCACUAUUCUUGGGCUACCAAAGUUGAAAAUUCUUGAUGUGGCAUCCAAUACCAACCUCACUGGAUCUUUACCUGAAUUUUAUAACAACAGUUUACUUGAACAUGUGAAUCUAUCUUUCACUGGUUUCUCAGGGCGCAUUCCAAGUUCACUCAAUAACAUGACGCAGCUCACUACAUUGGGUCUUGGUAGCAAUAAGUUCACAGGCUUUGUUCCUUCAUUGGUUGGUCUUUCCAGACUCCAUGUUUUGCAACUUGAUGGUAACAAAUUCGAGAAUGGUUGCUUCCCUAACUGGCUUGGCAAACUGACUAAACUUAGUGAACUAUAUCUAGCUAAUAUGAGCAUAAACUGUGAAAUCCCACACUUUCUUGCAAACCUAACCAAACUUGGUGUUGUUUCAAUCGAAAGAAAUUCACUUAUUGGGCAUAUACCAUCCUCGUUUUUCAACCUCACCCAACUAAGAAGGUUAAACCUUAAGUAUAAUCAAUUGCAGGGACCAAUUUCAAGGUCAUUUUCCAACUUCGAAAGUCUGCAAUAUCUUGGCCUACGUAUGAAUAAUUUCAGUGGUAGGGUAGAUUUCGGCAUAUUCGUAGGACUCAACAACCUCGAAACUCUCUACUUAAGUGAUAACAACAUAUCAUUAGUGGUCACCAACAACUACACCAAUACCACCUUACCAAAUUUAAAAGUCUUAGACCUACAAUCAUGCAACUUGAAGGAGUUUCCAGCCUUUUUGCGCUUUCAAAAUAAAAUGACAGCCUUAUUUUUCGGCUUCAACAAAAUUGAUGGCCUGGUACCAGUGUGGAUUUGGAACAACAGCCGAGAAACAUUACAACAGUUUGAUGUUUCAGAUAACUCCAUCACUGGCUUUCAUAAGAAUCCACAUUUUCUACCAUGGCGAUUUUUGGAAGGUUUUUUCAUCGGUAAUAAUCACAUAGGAGGACAACUACCAAUUCCACCACACACCACAACUGUUUAUUCAGCCCCAAACAAUUAUUUGACAGGAGAAAUACCAGAAUUGAUAUGUGAAGUGAAAUCUAUUCAACUGUUAGAUUUGUCUUCUAACAACAUGAGUGGAACUCUACCUCCAUGUUUGAGUAACUUAAGCAAUUCUCUGUUGGUUUUGGAUCUGAGACGAAAUAACUUUGAUGGUACAAUGAUGAAUGAUUUUACGCUAGGAAGCCCUUUGAGAAGUAUUGAUUUGAGUGAAAAUCGAUUUACGGGUCAGCUGCCAAGGUCAUUGACAAAUUGUACAAAUUUAGAGGUUCUCUCUCUUGGAGAUAACCUUUUUGAUGAUGUAUUUCCUUCUUGGUUGGGAACCCUUUCCAAUCUACAAGUUCUGGUUUUGCGGUCAAACAAAUUUUCUGGUCCACUUCAAGGUUCCGCAACUGUUUGGCCACAGUUCCCUAAGUUGCGGAUCAUAGACCUCUCUAACAAUGCUUUUAGUAGUCAUUUGCACCAUAAAUACUUCCAAACAUGGGAUUCCAUGAAAUCCGUUUAUGAUGGUGAAUCAUAUGUUAUGGAAACCAAUAUGUCCUUCAAAUCAUUCAGUAUAUACUCGGUAUACUCGAUGACAAUAGUACAUAAAGGUGUCAGAACCAGGUUUGAAAAGAUUUUAACCAUAUUCACGGCUAUUGAUCUCUCUUGUAACCAUUUUGAAGGAGAAAUCCCGCAAUCACUCCAAGAUCUUCAAGGGCUUCAAUCACUCAAUCUUUCCAACAAUCAUUUUACUGGACAAGUCAUGCAGUCCUUGGGAUAUCUAAAGAAUCUUGAAUCUAUAGACCUCUCCCAAAACAAGUUAUCUGGAGAAAUUCCUUCACAGUUGGUGCAACUCAACUUCCUUUCCAUUUUCAAUGUGUCAUUCAACCAUCUUGGUGGGCGCAUACCCACAGGGCAACAAUUUAAUACAUUUGAAAAUGAUUCCUACAAGGGGAAUCCUGGAUUAUGCGGAAAACCUUUAUCCAAAAAAUGUCAAGGCUCAAAAGCGUCAAGACGUCCACCAGCAAGCAAUGCCUCAGAGUCUCUCUUCCCAAGUGAAAGAAUUGAUUGGAUCAUCAUAUUUUGUGGAGUUGGAAGUGGGCUGGUUGUUGGGGUUGUUAUUGGAAAUCUUCUAUAUAAAAGGUGUAGUGAUGGGUUCACAAAGAGGAAGGACAUAUGGGUAAGGCCACUUUGUAACACAAGGAGACACUAA